AUGCGAGGCUCCUCUCAAGGUGCACCGCGAACUAAAGCGCAAAAUGAAAUUGUUGAGAAUUUCUCCGGCAGAGACGAACGCGUGCCUGCCGAAUCAGGUAUCCACCUCCCGGGCCGAUCUGGGACUCCUCGUCAUACCGAACCUCAACUCGGUAGUCACUGCCUCUUCUUCUUCGGACACGCUGUCUCUCCCUUGGCUCCCCGGCGCCCUCGCUGCUCCACCUCACCCGACUUCUCACUGGCUUCUUGCCUCCUCUUCUCCGCUUCGCGGUUGAUACGGGCACAAGUCCCCUUCCCCUCUUUCCUCUCUUAUUUUUUUCUCUCUCGCAACUCUCGACCGGAUUACACGAUACUCGUCUCUCGGUGGAAAGCAACGAUGGCACGAUUUAUGGGCUUUCGCGGCCAUCGGCUGAAUAUAGCCACCAUUCUGUUGGUUGUGCUACCGGCCUACAUGUGUUUUGGGUACAACCUGGCUGUCGCCGGAGGAUUGCUUACAAUGCCGUCGUUUAUUGAGCAGUUUCCAAAGAUGGACACUGUCAAUAACUCGAGCAAAUUCAACUCUAACAUUCAAGGUACCGUUGUCGCAUUAUACACCGUCGGAGGCAUGCUGGGAGCAUUGUCCACCAUCUUCGUGGGAGACUUGCUAGGGCGACGAAAAGUCAUUUUUAUCGCUUCAGCUUUGGUUAUCAUCGGGUCCCUUCUCAUGUCAUCCUCAUAUUCUCUUGGCCAAUUUAUCGUGGCCAGAUUGGUUCAAGGGCUUGGAACUGGCGCCACCACUGCCACGGUGCCUGUAUGGCAGUCCGAGAUCUCCGGUUCAUCGCAUCGUGGUUCACACGUCGUUACCGAGGGUCUGUUCGUGUCUGUUGGUAUAGCUGUUUCUCUGUGGGUCGAUCUGGGAUUCUCUUUCAUCGACACGAGUUCGGUCGCAUGGCGCGUGCCAUUAAUCUUGCAAACUUCGCUCGCAAUUUUCGUCAUGAUCUUCAUCUUUAAACUACCAGAAUCCCCUCGCUGGUUGCUGGGUAAAGGUCGUGUCGACGAAGCACGAGAAAUUUUGACUAUUCUCCGUGAUGUUGACCUAGAAGACGAAACGGUGCGUGCUGAAAUUGCCGACGUACAGAGAUCGCUCGAACUAGUGCAGAACGCCAGCCGGUUGGACAUUUUCAAAAUGGGAGAGAAGCGCAAUGCGCACCGACUCGCGCUUGGAAUGACUGGCCAGUCAUUCGGUCAGCUUUGUGGUAUCAACUCUCUUACUUUCUAUGCGACCGUCAUUUUUGAUCAGCGUCUGCACAUGGGAGGUACAGACUCCCGCAUUCUCAGCGGUGGGAUGGUCACAAUCCAGAUUAUCGGCGCUCUCUCUGCUAUCUUUACAAUUGACCGUUGGGGUCGUCGCCCGCUUAUGCUUACUAGUGCGACUGGCAUGUGCAUUGCAAUGGCUGUGCUUGCCGGUACGAGCUCGACAAGUGGCAAUCAAGCAGCCCUUAUUGUUGCGGUCGUUGCUCUUUACGCCUUCAACUUGUUUUAUCCAUUCGGCUUCCUUGGCCUGCCGUUCCUCUACUCGACAGAGGUGGCACCUCCACAUCUACGUGCGAAGAUUAGCGGCAUCUCCAACUGCAUGACUUGGUUAUUCAACUUCGUUGUUGUCGAAGUCACUCCGACCGGCUUUCAGACAAUCGGUUAUAAAUACUAUAUCAUUUGGGCAGUUAUCAACUUUUCCAUCGUCGUGACUGUUUAUUUCUUCUUUCCCGAGACUAAUGCGCGAUCCCUGGAAGAGAUGGAUGAGAUUUUCAUGGAGUCGCGCAACAUUUUUGAUGCUCCGAAACUUGCAAAGAAUUUGCCCAGGAAGAUGCCUCCGCUUGAUGACUUUGAAGAUGAGUCUAAGCACUAG